GUGAAAUUUGCAGGAAGUAUACAAUGACUGAAUGAGGAUGAAAACACUGUGACAUUUUUUAUUUGUUUUUACACACUAAGAAAAGGCAAGAUGUCUCGUGCGAUGGUACCCAGCCAACAAAAGUUGGCGGAGAAGUUGACGAUCUUAAAUGACAGAGGAAGGGGCAUGUUAACAAGAAUAUACAACAUCAAAAAGAUAUACUCUACCAACAAAAAGAAGAUGCUUGGAAAUCCCGCUAACAAGCCAGGUUUUCUUACUGAUAAAACUUAUGAACCAGUUUACAGAUACCUAAUGAGGCGCUUUCCACACCCAGACAGCAAAUCUACCACACUUCAAGUGAUCAACAACAUCAAGCAAGACGUUGUGAAGUCCCUGUCUCUGUACUACUUCACCUUUGUGGACAUCAUGGACUUUAAGGAUCAUGUCGUUGAUUUGCUGACUACAAUUGAUGCCUGUCAAGUUCAUAUGGACAUUACCUUGAACUAUGACCUGACCCUGAACUAUCUGAACCUAAUUUCGACCUAUGUCUCCAUCAUGAUCCUGGUAUCCCGUGUGGAGGAUAGAAGAGUGGUGCUGUCUUUGUAUAAUGUGGCUUAUGAAUAUCUCCAUGCCUCAAGUGAUCCCUCAUUUCCUCGUUUGGGACAGAUGGUGAUUGACUAUGAUAUCCCCCUCAGAAAACUGUCUGAGGAGUUUGUUCCUCACUCCAGGGUGUUGGUUCCAGCCAUCAUGUCUCUACACAAGAUUUACCCAAAGAGGAAUCUCCCAGCUGACCAAAUGAGAGCUACAGGUUUCCUCAGUUUAUUGGCAGAGCCACCCAAAAUCAUGAAUGUUCCAAACACUGACAUGGUGCAAUGUGAAUAUCUGUCUGUUGAUGCCAUGGAAAGAUGGAUUAUUUUCUCUAUGCUGCUGUGUCACCAGUACCUACAGGAGGCUCAGUUAUGGGACCUCUGGAAGACAGCUCUACAGUCAGGCUACAUUGUACAGCUCUGUCGAGAUGAAGUUCUACACAUCCACAGUUAUAUCACCUCAUUCUUUGAGGGUCUUAAGGGACACAACAUGUCCAAGAGGAUUACAGAAGUCAGAGAUCUACAACAUCAAGCUCUCCAGUCAGCUCCUGGCAUACACAGGGAAAGGAGAAAGUUUCUGAGAUCUGCUCUGAAAGAGUUGGCCUUGAUUUACACUGAUCAGCCAGGACUAUUAGGACCAAAGGGACUGUAUGUCUUCCAAGGUUUGGCCGUGGCACGAGAUGAAAUCCAUUGGCUACUGCGACAUUUUGAUAAUCCACCAUCUAAGAGACACAAUGUAAAACUGUCACAAGAGGACUUUGUAGACAGACAACUUCCAGAGUUAUUGUUCAACAUGGAGGAAUUGAAAUCUUUGGUUCGAAAAUAUAACCAGGUGGUACAGCGGUAUUAUGUACAGUAUUUGGCUGGUUUUGACUCGGUGCUGCUUAAUCAACUUAUACAGAACUUGGCCCACUGCCCAGAGGAUGAGUCCGUGAUUUUAUCUUCUCUGUACAACACCAUAGCAGCAUUAUCUGUCAAACAAGUUGAAGCUAAUGAGGUUUUUGACUUGCGUGGAAUCAGACUUGAUUGGUUCAGAUUGCAGGCUUACACUGGGGUGAGCCGUGCAGGCCUCGUUCUGAGGGACCAUCAGGACCUCGGAAAACACCUCAACAUGAUCAUCUAUCACACUAAAAUGGUGGACUACCUGGAUGAACUCUUGAAUGAGACAGGAGAUCUUUCAAUCUACUGCUUCUACACCCAGAUUUUUGAGCACCAGUUUAAACAGUGUAUGGAGUUCCCCGCACAACACCGCUACAGCAUUGUGUUUCCUAUCAUAUGUGGACAUUUCAUGAAUGCCACACAUGAACUCUGCCCAGAAGAGCGCCAUUCCAUUGGCACCACCAGUGUUCAGUAUGCUCACUGGUUCCUGAAGGAAAUGUCUGAUGAAGUUAACCAGGUCAUCACUGCUAUCUGUGAGGAACAGUGCAUGCUGAACUAUAAGCUUUUGCCAAAACACAGUGCUGCCAGUAUCCUGCAGAGCUCCAACAAACAUAAGAAAAAACAGGAUAAGAAGAAAAACCAAGGUCCAGAGGAGGAGAAACCAGGGAUGGAGAGUGCUCGUAAAAACCGGGAAAACUUUACAAGAAUGGACAAGUUACACAUGGCCUUGACAGAACUAUGCUAUGCUAUCAACUACUGCAACGUGAUUCAGGUGUGGGAGCAUGGCUUUGUACCGAGAGAGUUCUUUAUUCAGCAUCUGGAGACUAGAUUUAACAAAGCAUUAGUGGGAAUGAUGAUGUAUAACCCAGAUACAAGUGAAAUUGCCAAACCUUCUGAGCUACUGAGCAGUGUCAAGGCUAUCAUGAGUGUGCUACAGGGUCUAGAAAAUUAUGUCCAGAUUGAUAUUGCCAGAGUGUUCAAUAGUGUAUUACCCCAGCAGACACAAGCCACAGACAGCUUUAAUGGAGAGAAAACUAUCACUGCAAACUACACAAACUGGUAUUUGGAGGUGUUGCUGAGGAGAGUGACAGUAAAUAUGGGUCACAUUGUAUAUUCCCCAAAUCACAAGGCUUUUGUUACAGUGGCGCAAGACAACAACAGUAAAGAGAACCUGUAUUUAGCCGCAGAGGAAUACGCUGAUCUGACAGAACUGAGAGCUUUGGCUGAAUUGAUUGGUCCGUAUGGAAUGAGGUAUCUUGGAGAAAGACUUAUGGGUCAUGUGGCAAGUCAGGUGGAAGAAUUAAAGAAACUGGUGAUACAGAAUAAAGAAGUGCUGUUUAACAUGAGAACAAGUUUUGAUAAACCAGAGGUGAUGAGGGAUCUGUUCCGUCGGUUAGGAAGGCCCAUUAAGCAGCAAGGAAAUGCUAAAAACCAGAUGUCAGAUGUGGACAGUGUCUUAAUGAGAAUGACCAUCAUUGGUAUCCUUCUAUCCUAUCGGUCAUUGGCUCAAGAGGCCUUGCUGGACGUAUUGGAAGAUAGAAUUCCUUUCUUAAUGGCAUCAGUUCAGGACCUGCAGCAUUUUGUGCCCAACAUGAAAGACACCAAGUAUUCCAACAUGAAGCAGCAGGUGGUCAAUGAGAUGGCCUCAGCAGCAGGACUCUCCUGUGAUAUUGACCCCCUCCUUAUAAGUGCCCUGAGAUCCCAGAAAAAUGAGGACACUCCAAGAACAUCAACCUCUAGUCAGUCUAGUGACACGGAAGGUAUCCCAGAACAGAUGGCCAAUGAGAGUGACUACGAGCUAGCCUGCCUACUGAUGGUGUUUGUAGCUGUGUCCAUUCCCACACUGGCCAAAAAAGAUUUCUCCGUAUUCAAAGCUUCCCUAGAAGGAAAUCUGAAUAACUCUCACUGUCUGGCUAAGGCUGUGAACCAAAUAGCAGGUGCUUUGUUUACCAUCCAUGGACCUGGUGAUGUGUCUGACAGGUUACAGGAAUUCCUAGCUCUUGCCUCAUCAAGUCUGCUACGAUUAGGACAGUCCCAGGAGCAAGAUAAGGAAACUGUCAGAAAUAGAGAAUCUGUGUAUAUACUGCUAGAUCUGAUUGUGCAGGAGUCCCCUUACUUGACUAUGGACCUGUUGGAGUCCUGCUUCCCCUAUGCUCUAUUGAGAAAUGCUUACCACACAGUGUAUAAAGCCUCAGCAGUAGACAACUAGGUCAAGGUCACUAGAGACACAAUUUUCUAUUAGAAAAUUCCAUUUGGUAUAUAUUAUGUGAUGUGAAUCCCAACUAGCGAAUCCUUCCAUGGAGGAAUUGCCUAUGAACAAAUUUGAUUUGGGGGUAUAGAAGCAUUAUGAUAAAUGACUUGAUGAAAUGAUGCAGUAAUAAUUGUAACACAGAACCAGUGCAUGUUAUAUAAUACUGUAACAGGGUUAUUUCCUGCCCCAUGUCAUUUUUGCCCUUUCACACUUGCGAACAAUUUUGCCCCAUUUUAAAUUUGCCCAGUCACAGUUCUGUUUCAGAAAUUAUACAGUGUUCUUUGAAUUCGCCCAGUUUUAAAAUUACCCUCUUGUGAUUAGGGUGAAAGGGCCAAAAAUAAAACAGGGGCAAAAAUUUCCCUGUAUACAGUAUACAUUUUAAGUACAGAUGUAUCAAAAUGAUAAAUGUACCUUUUGUGUACUAUAGUAUAACAACUGUAAUAUCAAUUUAUAAUGAGCCAUGGAACUUCUAUAUUACUGCUGGUUAAUUUCUAUAGUGUAUGGCAUAUAUGCAUGUACAAUUGUAUGAGGAAUGGGUGUUAGGAUAUUUUAAAAUGCCAUUUGGCAUUUCUAUGAACAAGGAUUUAAAAGCUUGAUAAGGGCUGUAUUAAGUUUGUGGAAUUGUGUUGUAUUUUGAUAUUACAGUUUUGUAAACAGAAUACAGAAGAAAUCUUUUUGGAACAAAUAGACUUAAAAUGUGCAUAAUACAUGUAUGUAUAUUCUGGUAUUUUGUUCCCAUGACAGUGCAAUAUUACAUAAUCGUACAUUUUUAUCAUCGAAUAAUAUAACAUAUACAUGUAUGUGAUUUUACUUCAUUAGUGUAUGUGUAAAUCCACAUUGUGCUCCAUAUUUAUCAGUACACAACUGUACAUCCUUUUUUUUUUUUUUAAAAUGCAUGAAAUAUAGAGACAAAACAUUUACAUUAAUAUACAUGGUAUGAUAGAGAUCUGAUAUGUUAAGGUGCAGAAACAAUACAGGUACUUAAUGAUUAUGUUGAAUUAUUAUAAUACUGAUUAAAAUUUUGAAGUAUGAAAA